CUCGGUUUGUGAAAGUCUCCGAAAGCUCAACGGGAGCCAUUCCUGUUGUUGUCAUAGAGUGGCAUAAUCGUAAAUCCCUUCAAUUCCAAGGCUUGUUUCCUCUUCUACCUAAAAGGUGGUUUUUUCCUCGUUUCGUUUUCAUUUCAAGGUUGGGCAUUUCUCUAACAGAGGAUGCUUCCAACGCAGAGUUUCAGAUUCUAGGGCUAGGGUUUUAGAUUCCUAGGGCUAGGGUUUUAGACUCCUAGGGCUAGGGUUUCUUCAACAUGUCUGAGGCAAAUGAUUCGGAGCCGCUGGAUUCUGGUUCCCCACCUCAGGACCAUCAUCAGUAUCCUGAUCAUCAUGCCAUGUAUGGCUAUGAAGAUGGAGAUGCCCAUCACAUGGACGGUGUGCACCUCCCCAUCCAGAUCGACGGCCACAACGGCGAUUCUGCUGACCCCUCGGGCGUCCAUUACGAAGAUGGAGGUGGCGGUGGCGGAGGCAGUGGAGUUGAUGAGAUGAUGGAUGGCGGCGACGACAAGACAAUGGUUGGGGAGAAAGUUUCCGAUCCCAGUCUUGCCGGGGCAUUGAAGACCCAGGAUAUGAAUCAGCUGAUGCUCUCAUUCCAGGACGAAGUCUACGUUUUCCACGCUGUCUCGCCUGAAAAGGUGCAGGCAGUACUAUUACUUUUGGGAGGACGUGAGGCACCUUUGGCAGGAUGUGGUCCUCAGGAUAACAAGGUUGGUGGCUUCCCACGGCGUUCAAAUCUUCCACAGAGACUUGCUUCUCUAAUUAGGUUCCGUGAAAAACGAAAAGAGAGAUGUUUUGACAAGAAAAUCCGGUACACUGUCCGCAAAGAGGUUGCUCUGAGGAUGCGGCGUAAAAAAGGUCAGUUUGCAUCCAAGGACGACACUUCUGAGGAAGGAGUGUCGGCUUCUUCAGGCUUGGAUCCUGCACAAAGCUCGUCACAAGAUGAUGGUCAUGAAGCAACUGCAUGUCACCAAUGUGGCACUAGUGCAAAAUCCACUCCUAUGAUGCGCCGAGGGCCAGCUGGCCCAAGGACUCUAUGCAAUGCAUGUGGACUGAAAUGGUCAAACAAGGGACGGAGCGAUGAGAGCAGCAAUAGUUAUGGGCACCUGAUUACCUCCUUUGGACUUUUGCGAGGUCUUGUCAAGCCAAAUGAGCAGGGAACUUCGCCAGAUCUUUCUAAGGCCUCAACUGUGGAAAUUCAGAACCCAAAUCCAAUUGGGCAGAGUGGUGCUAGCAAUUCCAGCAAACGGAAGAACAGCAGGGCACCUGUCGCUUCAACUGGCAACACUUAAGUCAUGACGGCGCAAAGGUAAAAGGGGUUUCCAGGUUGCAUUGUGAUAGCCAACUCACUGCAGGGGUUGCAUUCUACAUUGGGUUCUCGAAGUAGGUUUUCUUGUUUAUAACUUUGUUGAUUUUAAUUUUUAUUUUUAUAAAGGGUGUAAAUGUCAUGAAAUCAUCUGACCCAGCUUUCGUUGGGUUGUAUUGAUAUCAUUUCUCAAUUCGUUCACUGGUUAGGAGUUUAUGACUAAAACAUCUGAGAAGUCAGGGGGGGAGGACGGAUUGUACAAUAUAACUAUUUAUGGUAAGAAGAAACUAGUGUGGUUUGGCA